GAUUCAGUCGUUUGGUAACUGUUGCUCCUAUCAGUCGUUCUCUGUCGCUCUUGGAUUGCGUGGGCACAUCGGUCGUUCGGCAUUUUGGGUUCGGCAUUUCGGGAUUUGAUAUCGUUAUUCGUGUCGGAAUCGUAUAAACCUGCGUCCGUGUGCGUUAGCCGGCCAUUGAGCACUAUCGCUGCCACUGGCAUUUGGCCCACCGUGUGUGUUUACAAGUGUGGCAUAAUCUUCGAUUAGCGCAAACCAACCGAUCGGAUAUACCCCUUGAAAAUAACAAAUAAUAGCGAGGAGUUAAAAAAGCAUCCAAACACACACUGCACACCCCAAAACACACACACACACCCACACGUCACAUAAAAAAUAUAAACCAGAGCCUCAGCGGCCGUAAAGUGCCACCAAAACGUACUUGGCCGUAUAUUUUAUGCAUGAAAAGCUAAAGCAAGUGCAACCAAACGCCUGAGUGACACCAAGAAAAAAAAUUCAUACACACAUAUAAGGAAACCCAAAAAAACAAAACCGGGAUUACUUAUACGCUCACGCUCAGUAGAAAAAAUACGCGAAGCCAAAGGAAGUCAGCAGCAAAAUCAUGUCACGGAUCGUUUUUAUAUGUCUCGCAGCCAUCUUAACAGAUGCACUCACCUGGGCCCAGGUGAAUGUGGAACCCAACACAGCGCUCCUCAACGAAGGCGAUCGCACCGAGCUGCUCUGUCGGUACGGCAGAUCCAUCAACUACUGCCGCAUUGAGAUUCCCGGCGAGCAGAAGGUACUCAACCUGUCGCCGGAGUGGAGCAAGACACCCGGAUUCACGUACUUCGGAGCGGGUCUCACGGCCGGACAGUGCGGCGUGAGCAUCGAGAGGGUCAAGGCCAGCAACAAUGGCCAGGUCAAGUGCAGUCUGGGCGUCGAGGGAGAGGAGCUGUCGGGCACCAUCGACCUGGUCGUGGCACUGCGUCCCCAGCAGCCCAUCAUCGAGCUGUUGUCGCGGCCAAAUCGCGAGGGCUACUUCAACGAGGGCACUGAAUUCAGGGCCCGCUGCAGCGUUCGCGAUGGCCGUCCGCCGGCUAACAUCUCGUGGUACAUCGACAACAUGCCGGCCAACAAGCGCACCACUCCCCUGGAGGUCAUGUCCUCGACCAACGACAACGUGGAGCUAUCGACCUCCGUGCAGGAAAUCCAGUGGCACCUGUCGCCCGAGGACAGCAACCGGAAACUGGUCUGCCGCUCCCACCACCAAACCGAUCGCGAGAGUGUGCCGCCCCAGGAAGCUGCCUACAUCAUCAACGUGCGCUAUGCUCCCGUCCAUCAGCCAGAUGCCGCCGUGUAUGGACUCUACCUCGAGCACACUGCCAUUGUGAACAUAACCAUCCGCGCCAGUCCGCAGCCCAAGAUCGAGUGGACCAUCGAUGGAGCUAUUGUGGGGCAGGGACGCACCGAUGGACGCUACUCGGCGUAUGAGCCGCAGUAUCUGGGCAACGAUGAGUACAACGUUACACUGGCCAUUGCCGGACUGACCCUGGAAGAUACCACCAAAAUCUACAAUCUGAGGGCCAGCAAUGAACUGGGACUGACGGACUACCAGGUGCGAAUCAGUUCGUCGAGCAAACCGCCCAGCAGCAGCCUCGAUGUGGCGGCAAUCGUUGGCAUUGUGGUCGCCGUUGCCGUUUUGGUCCUGGUCGUUUUACUGAUUGUGUUUGCACGGGCUACUGGCCGAUGGUGUUUUGGCGGCAAAUCAAUCAAGACGCCCACAAACGAAACUCAAAUCGACAAGCAACUGGAGUUGGGAGCCCAGCAGAAUCACGGUCAAAACGUAGCACUCUUGGAAACACCCAAUGGCAUAACCUUGUUGGGCGCCAGUAAGCUGAGAGAGGUUAAUGGAAACGGAAACGGAAAUGGCCAGCAGGAUCGGUUGUCGGUUGAAAGACGCCAUCACGAUGAAGAUGACAGCUUUGAAUACGGAACGGAUCGGGAGAGCAGUGUAUAUAACCCCACCACGCGACCUCUGAAGAGCAUCCUGAUGAGCCAGGCGGCAGGACGAAACUCCCGGAGCUCUGCCAGCGAUAAGGAUGAAGGCAACGAGAACGCCGAUCUCCUGCAGAAGGGCAAUCAACUGGGGAUUCCUGAAUCGCGCUUCUCACGCUGGCUGCCCAAGGAUCAACGUGAGCUGAUCGAAAAGCAGGCGAUGUUGCUUUCGGGAAGGGGCAAGUCGACGGCGCCAGCCACUCCACCCAAGCCCCAAAGACCCCCGAUGGGAACGACUACCACUGCCACAACGACGACGACACCGACGACGCCAAAGUUGCCACAGGAAACGGAAAUCUGAGCGUGUGCACGUGUGUGUGUGCGCGCACAUGGCGUUCAUAUUUAUUUAUUUCUUUUUCGGUACAGGAAACGCCCAGCAGGAUUAAGAAUGGAGUAGUCUUGUGACCAUCGGGAACUUUUCGGGGGACAGCCAUAAGUGUCAAGACUUAAAGCUGAUGUGUCAGAUCCAACUGAACCGAUAUAAAUUAAGUUUAGCACGCAUAUGCCUGGUAUUUAUCAAAUGAGACCACCAUGAUGUUAAAAAGAAUUCUUCUUUUCACAACCGGAAUAUGAAAACCAUAUAAUAUAUAUUUUUAUAAUUAUAUAUUACUAUUUGCUGGUUUUGGCUGAAAUACUUCAUACCUUAUUUUAUUCGAAAAGAAUUUGAAUUUGAAGCUGACUCCCAUGAAAAUAGAAAUAGUUCCGUCGCAAAUCUGUCCCCAUAAUAGACUCUAAGCUUGGUAUUUACUCAAGAAAAUAUUUUUUCCUGAACGACAAAAACCAAACGAAACAUUAACGAAACUGAUUUAUUUGCUAGAGAUUAAGCCGGCAUGAAAUUAAGUUUUUAUCGAAUACAUUAAAAACGAAAGAGUUUGCAUGGCAAGCAUGAAGCAACAAAUAAUUGUUUUACGCAAAUAUUUAUUGUAGUCACUGUAGAACAAAGUCGUCAACUGACAUAUUUGUGCAUCAAAACAGUGUUCAUUUAAGACGCGCACAAUGUACUUUAAGAACGAAAAGAAAAUUCCACUAAUUUUCGAUCAUUUUAGUUGGCUUAAAUUCGAGUGCCUUAAGUUGAAAAUAAAUUUAGUAAUUAAAAACGUGAACGAUAUAAAAUAGUUAGAAAUUUGUGUACGUGUUGCUUUUCUUUAUUAUUUUUUACAAAACGUAUGUUUAAUAUUUAAUUAACAACAAUAAAUAUUGUUAAAAGUGCAAUAGCUUUCUAUUUUGGAUUUAUUUAUUUUGCGAAUGCCUGAAUAUGUAUGCGUGUGUGAAAGGCGAGUUUUGAAUAAAAGGGAAUUAUGUAAAGUUCACCGAGCCCCUGAAAGGAAAAUUCUAACAAUGCAGCGUAUCAGAGAGGAAGUCCCCGUACAAUAUUCCAUUUUCCAUAACAAAAGCAAUAUCAUUAAAAUACGAAAGGAGCGUUUCAUGCAAUAAACAUUUCAUAUAUGAGAGACUGACACGCCACGCCAGAAACCAACACAAAUACAAGCACGAACACAUAGCCACGCACACACACUGCUAGCAAAAUGUAUCCAUCAGAUACUUGUUGAGCUGGCCCAGACAGCAGGCAGACAUUCAAAUGAGCCAAAAAUAUUUAUAGAAUAUAGAUGAAACUCAUUUUGGCCAAGCGAAAGCAAUUUACUUGGCCAGCACACGCCAAACGAAGGUUAAAAUGGGGGAUGGAACUGGUUAAACUGGGUCCAUAAAAGGUCAAAUGCGGAUUAAAUUUUCCAUAUGCCAUUUCGUACGGGUAUUAGGUGUGGCACAGAGCAAAGUAAAUUGUAGCCCUUGAAUCAAAAAUUCUAGAUUGUUUAAACCUUAGCCAUUAAAGAACUUUUGUAGCGAUAUUAUAGGCAGAAAAUUAAUAGUCUUAGGACUCACAAAAAUAAACUGCCUCAAAAACGACAGUUAUAAAAUUCUGUGUAACAUUUUGUUAUCUUUUUGUUAUAGCGUUAGCAUAGCACAUUGACAGGGUUACACAUACAUAUAGACCUUAAACUCUUUUCCAAGUAAGUUUUCGAAUGAAAUGAGAGCUUAACCUUUCCACUCGAAUAUUUGCUUUCCC